CAUUAUAUUUAGUCAAAAGAUCACUGCAGAACACGCUCUGUAAAAUUAUCACAUUGUGCUUAGCACGAGCUUGUCCAGGGUGUGUCGAAUAUUGCCUACAACCAUAGGUUGUAGUAGUUACGUGUCUAACUUCCAAGUUAACAAAAACUCGAAUAAUAUAAACGGUUUACCCGAGGUGUACUGACAAUUGAUUUCAAAUGUAAAAAAUAUUUGUUUAAAAUGACAAAAGACCAGUUUGGAACAGAAACCCUCCAAAUUAAUUCUAUUCAUGACUCAAAAAAUCUUGUGUCGACAUCAGGAUCACGAAUGCAGAAUUUUCAGGAAGUAUUUGAAAAACCUUCAGUAACUUUUGUUCUUGACGAAAAGACAGUAAAAAGAUCUAUCAACAAAGGUAACAACCAAGACGAAACUUCAAACAAGAUGUCGUUUUCUCCAACAAUUUUAGUGAACUCGGGUCAAGUUGAUUCUAUAGAACAUCAUGAAGAUAAUGAUUAUUCGGCGUCUGUGUUUGCUAUGUUACAAAGAAAAACAUCAAAACAUUCGAGUAGAAAGAAAAAAAAACGAUCUUCAUCAUUUAAUACUGAAGAUGGUACUGAUGAUUCGGAAAAUCAAAGAAGAUGUUCAUCAGCACUUACAUCUUCUUCCGGAGAAACAGCAAUUUCUAUUGACGUGGCAAUGGAUGACGAUUUAGAGGAUGGUGGAACACAAGAACAAAUUUUUGAAAAACUUAAAUUGCAUAAGGAAGUUCUUAGUGCUGUUAAACAUCAACCUUGGCCUCUUAGAAAAAAAGUUAAACUUGUGAAACAAGCUAAAUCAUAUAUUCGACGGCAUGAGGGUGCACUUCAAGAACGACUUGCCCAAAAUAGAAACACCAAAGAUGUUCUAGCGGGGAUUGCGAUUUUUAUUAGUAAAAGAUGGCAGUAUUUAAAACGUGAAUUGAUAAAUCUUCAAACGUGGUUAGUGCCAUGGGAAUCAAGAAUAAAAGAAAUAGAAUCACAUUUUGGUUCUGCUGUAGCUUCAUACUUUAUAUUCUUACGCUGGUUAUUCUGGAUAAAUCUUGUGAUAUUUUUAACCCUUACUAUAUUUGUUGCUAUACCGGAAAUUCUCACAGCCGAUAAAAAUCAUGCUGGAGAUCGCAAGAUUCUGUUACCAGAAGAAAUAAAAAAAUCCACACAUUAUCUGACUCUAUGGGAAUUUGAGGGAGUUUUAAAACAUUCACCAUUUUUUUAUGGGUGGUAUACCGAUUGGGAUAUACCGAACGGAGGGUACAGACUUCCUCUUGCUUAUUUUCUAGCUAAUUUAAUUGUUUAUACUUAUAGUUUUGUCACUAUUUUACGAAAAAUGGCAAUAAAUUCACGAAUGAGUAAAUUAUCAGAGAAAGAGGAUGAAUGUGCUUUUUCAUGGAAGCUUUUUACUGGUUGGGACUUUAUGAUAGGAAAUCCUGAAACUGCGAAUAAUAGAGUCGCAAGUAUUAUAUUGGGAUUUAAAGAAUCGUUAUUAGAAGAAGCUGAAAAGGAAAAAAAACUCGGACAUUGGAAAAUUACUACAAUAAGGAUAUUUGUUAAUGUGUUCGUGAUUUUACUUCUUAUACUAUCAGCUUAUGCAGUAGUUGAAGUUGUUGCUAGAAGUACACAAGAAACAUCAAAUAGUAGUUGGUGGAGGCAAAACGAAAUUACAGUAGUUAUGUCACUAAUCUCAUAUAUCUUCCCAAUAUUUUUUGAAAUUCUGGGACUUUUAGAAAAUUACCAUCCUCGUAAACAGUUACGACUCCAAUUAGCCAGAAUUAUGGUAUUGAAUCUUCUUAAUCUAUACUCUUUAAUAAUCGCUCUUUUCGAUAAAAUAAAUCAAAUGGAAGGAGAAUUAAAAAGUCUAAAGCCAAAAAUUGUACCAAGUCUACCAGCAAUAAAUGUUAGUGCUACACGCUGUCAAAAUAUUUCAAUACCUUGUAGUGAUAUACAACCUCCUUUCAAUAUGUCAUCAUCAUUACCACUAACUUGGACUACAGCUCAACCUUUAAAAAAUUUUUCGUCUUUAAAAUCAUCGCUAGCAGCACUAAGCUUAAUUUUAUUGUCUAAUACAUCAACUAAAAGUCCAUCUGCGUUGACAAAUAUAAUUAUGUCAAAACCCAAUGAUACACUUGAUGAAUCGAUGGCAACCAGUGAUUUUUUAAAUUACAGUUCAACAAAUUUAUUUAAUGUUUCUGAGAUGUCAAAAACUGUAUCAUCAUCUUUUUUCGAUGACGUCAAAUGGGAAGGUUACAUUGAAAAAGAUAUACCUCAAAAUAAUUAUGAGUAUUAUGAUACAGAUAAUUCCAACUAUGAAGAUGAAUCAAAUUUAACCCAAGUCACGAAUUCUACAGAUAUACCAGCUAAUACUAAAAAUUAUAAUUAUUCUACGUGGAUUGAUGGAGAAAAUAAAACAACGUUAGAAUCAAAAAAAAAGACACUUUUAGAUGAUGAACAAAAUUUAAUUAAUAGCCAUAAUGUUGACAUAAAAAUUAUUAAAUGUUUUGCUAGAAUUUGUGAUUAUGAAAAUGACUUUGAAGAAAGAAAGAUUGAAAAAACAAAGGUGAGUCAUGAAGCUAUUUUAGAAUUAAAUAUAACAACAAAAAAGAAACUUCGUAAACUAUGUUGGGAAACAAUGUUUGGUCAGGAGUUGUCAAAACUUACAGUUAUGGAUUUGAUAUUGACAAUAAUUGCGACACUUAUUGUUGACUUUUUUCGAGCAUUAUUCGUUCGAUACAUGAAUCCAUGGUGGUGUUGGGAUCUUGAGAAAAAAUUUCCACAGUAUGGAGAUUUUAAAAUUGCUGAAAAUAUUUUACAUUUAGUUAACAACCAAGGAAUGGUGUGGAUGGGAAUGUUCUUUAGUCCCGGUUUAACAGCUUUAAAUCUUGUAAAACUUGUAAUUCUUAUGUACUUAAGAUCUUGGACAGUAAUGACAUGCAAUGUACCACAUGAAGUUGUUUUUCGUGCUUCAAGAUCUAAUAAUUUUUAUCUAGCGUUGUUACUUACGAUGGUCUUCUUAUGUGUACUUCCGGUGGGUUACGCUAUUGUAUGGGUAGAACCUUCUUGGCAUUGUGGACCUUUCUCUGGAUAUUAUAGAAUUUAUCACAUAGCCACUCAAAGCUUAAAAAAUUUGCUACCAGUAAAAGUUCAUAAAUCACUUGAUUAUAUUGCAUCACCUGGAAUUGUUAUUCCUUUAAUUGUUCUAAUGACAUUGAUUAUAUAUUAUAUGACUUCCCUUGCUGGAUCUCUUAGAGAAGCGAAUAAUGAUCUCAAAAUUCAACUACGUUAUGAAAGGAGAGAAGAACGAAGAAAAAUGUUUAAAAUAGCCGAAAAACGUGAACAGGGACAAGACAUAUCAUUUGCAAAAUGGAAAAAAAUAUUACCAACGAUGUCAUCAAUUAAGACAGAUACUCCAGUUUCAAGAGGUAUCAACUUCCCAACUCAAUUUAUACAUAAACUUGUCCCAGAAAAAGAAUGAACUUCGAAAUCACCCCCAUUACCGAUUAUUUCUAAUCUUCGCAGGCGCAAGGAAAAGUGGGAAAAUAUUUAGUACAUAAAAUACCCAGAAUGGGAGUAAAAACCGAAGACAUCCGAGGUGCACUCUCUUGUUGGGACAAUUUUACUUCAUUUUUUUAAUUUUAUGGUUUAAUUAAGCUGUAGAAAAUAUGCUGCACCGAAAACGCCGGAGAACUAUUGAUAUGAUUCGUUCAAUGACAUCUGAUGCAGAGGAAGCUACUGGAGAUAAGCCGAAUUCAUUACUACAAGAUUCAUUUUCUCCUAAAGAGACAAGCGAUCUUCAACUUCAUAAUUUUUUAAUCGAAACCAAUGAAAUAACGAAGUUAUGAAAUUUUAUGAUUUUCUAUAUAGAAAUGAAAUGUAACCUAGGUUAAAUAACAGACUUGAAAAUUUUUUUGAAUUUUCAAAAUAUUGUAUAUAACUCCA